AUGGAUGACAUACUUGGAACUGUGGAUUUAGGUGUCUCAACUGACAGUGAAGCAAUGGAGCAGGAGCUAAGACUUGAAAGUGAGCAACAACUUAAUCAAACCUUAAACGAGGAGAUGAGGAAGAAGGAGGAGAGAGCAACGACUCACAGGGAAGAGAGAAAAGAAGUAUUACCGAAACAAUUUGGAAUGGCAAAGCUUUUACGGUUGUUAAACAUUGAAAAUAUAGUGAAGAUGAUAUACAAAAGCGCUUACAGAGUGUUGAUUCAUUUUGAAAAGGAAGAAAGUGCAGUGAAACUACUAAAAAGUGAAAAGUUAUCACGUUUAGGAUACCGAGCACAAAGGGCUGAUGAGACUACCUUUUCUUAUGGAAUACUGAGGCAGAUAGAUUUAGAGACCGAGGAAAAAGAAAUUCUUGAAAAUCUUUCAUGUGAGCACGAAAUCAUUUCAAUAAAAAGACUCAGAAGAAUGUCUGAUAGUGGAGAAUGGAUCGAUUCAGAAACAGUAAGAAUUUGUUUCAAAGGUACCACUUUACCGCCGUAUGUGUAUGGGUACGGUUGUAGGUUUAAAGUGGAACCUUAUACCUUCCCAGUUUCCCAGUGCUCCGGAUGUUGGAAGUUCGACCAUCUCUCAAGAUCAUGCCCAAUUAAAAAAAUUAUAUGUCCCAAAUGUGGUAACAAUCACCCAAAUUGCGAUACCGACAAAUUUGUUUGUGUCAACUGUAAAGGACCACAUAUGGCCAUGCAUAAAAAGUGUCCGAUAUUUUUAAAAGAAAAAGAAAUCAGAAACAUUAUGACGAAGCAAAACUGUACUUAUCGAAAAGGUCUAGAAAUAUAUUUUAAAGGCAAGGGGAGUCAAGAAAUAUACACUAGAAGUGAGGACAUUGAAAGCAAUAGGAACAUUAACUAUUCACAACUUGAGAGCACACAGAAUACACAGAAAACAUCGUACAGAGAUAUAGUGAUAACAGAAACACUUAUUCAUAGUGAUUCGUCGACGUCAAAUAAGGUUAUCGAAGGGAAGAGUUCUGGACAUAAUCAUAUAGAAAAGGAGCGGGCGCUGGAGAGGAAGAAUACAGAGGCUGGAAGAUCGGAUGGGAAUAGGAAGACUAGAGAAAAGGGCAACGGUGAGUCAGAAGCAAGACGAAUGGAGACAGAGCAAAAUCCAGAGUCUAAGAGUAAUAGUUCAAAUUCUAUUUUAGAUUUAGGUAGCAUUUUUCAAAGAGUCAAAGAUAUAUGUUGUUACGAUAACGAUUGGUCUACUAAGUUCCAACAAUUAGGUAAACUAUUAUUUGAAAUACUUGGUAAUUUAAUAAUCAAAAUUUGGAACAGAGAUGAUUUAUGUACAAGAAUAGUAUCUAUGUUCAGAAAUGGCGAACGAUAA